GUCAAACUAAACGUCACGUUGACGCAGAAUUAAUCAGUCAUUCAUUGUCAAAUAGUUUACAAGAUGGUAGCGUGAGUUCGCUGCAUCUCUGCUCUUUAUUGAUUUUCCACUACCUGAGUGCACAAUUCCACUUUUCAAAUUAAUUACUUUGUAAAAAAUAAUCUUAAAGCUACUCCACGAUGUCUGUAAAAGUGUUCGAAGCCAGGGAGCACUGCAAGGCGGCUGAAAAAUUCCUCAAGACUUCCCUUCUCCGCUGGAAGCCGGAUUACGAUUCUGCAGCCGAUGAAUACAGCCAAGCAGCUCAGUGCUAUCGCAUUGCUCGUGAUGCAGCCAACUCUAAGGACUGCCAUCUGAAAGCUUCGGAGUGUUACAAGAAGAACAACGCGUUCUUCCACGCUGCCAAGGCCCUUGAAAACGCCGUCCUCGUCUGCAAAGAUACAGCAACUCCUCAGGAGACAGGCAUGAAUGAUGCUAUUGGCCGAUUAAAGAGGUGUCUUACCGCUGCUCUAACAGCGAGCCCGCCUCCAUUCGUUGACACCGUUGUUGCUUUCACUCCGCCAUGUGAUCGCACCGGAGCUCAUUCCACCAAACACUAUUCUGGCAAGGCAGCGAAGUUUUGUCUAAACGAUACGUACCUCCAUGCAAAGUAUCGACCCGCGCGAUCAUCUUUGCCUCCAGAUCCCAUGGCGGUCAAGCGCAAUAAGGCACCGCGGCCUCGGCCUAGAGCUGGAGCAGAAACGUGCGAUACCCAUGAUUUAUGCGUAGAACCUUAUGACCCUCUGAAACGCGAACAGCGCAUGAACUAG